CUCAAAGUCUCAGGGGUGGAAGUGUUUCAAAUUAUCCCCGACUGUCUGGGGGGCGAGGAACUCAGCUAUCUCUUUGGGGUUUGGAGGCUCUUGCUUGCAGAUCCACAAAACAGUGCCCACCACAGAGAUAAGGGAGGUCUUGUGACUGAGCAGCUGACAAGUUACAGCUUCGACAAUGCACCAGCAUCUGGGAGUACUGCUGUCGACUGGUGGAGCUGUCAUUGUUCCUUUUACGCCGGUUGAGGGGACUCGGAUCAGGUGGAAGUUUGUCUUGACUUGGAAACCUACGGCAGAUAAAAAUUGGAACGGCGUCCCUCAACGCGUUACAUACGAGCAAUUCGAUGGCCAGGAGCUCAAUUUCUUAGGACCGAACAGAGCAGCAGUUCGAUACCUUUACUUUCGAUUCAUCCUCACUUACAUGUAUUGGGUAAAGAGGGAAGAAGAGCAGGACGGAACGGACGGUCUGGAUUGGGCCAGAGGCCUCCAGAAAGACGGUGCUCUAUGGGCAGUACCUGGCCCAUGGCUUCGCGCACGCUUUCUGAGAGUAGUGUGCCGACUGAUCCUUGGCGGGGAGCUGCCACCGCAGGGUUACAAAGAUUGCACUUUCGACGUCGUGGAAGGCUUGAAUCGUGAGCCAAAAGAUGAGCACGUCAUUGCGGAUUCGUUGAGCAAAAAGAUUGAAUCCAACAUGUAUCAUCAGAAGCCGGAGCAUGUCAAUAUGGCAAGAAUGCAGGGUUAAAGAAGAAGGUACUGGUAGUUGCGAGAUUAUCGUUGCAGUCUCCUC